UUUCGACUUCAAUUUGGAAUCCUUUUAUUUACGCGGGAAAACUCCAUCUCCGUUCUCCAAAGCUCAACCUCUGAAUCUUGAUUCGUUGGAGAGAGAGAGAGUAAAAACCCCUCAUAACAAAAACCCCUUCACGAAAUCAAAUCAAACCAAAUAAAUUUCUUGAAUUGUUUCUUCACCACCGCAAAAAAACCCUGAAGAAACACAUUAAAUUUCAAGAAAUGUAUCAUUCUUCCGUCAAAUUAAUCUGGGCCCUAUCGAUCUUCUUCUUCUUCUUCUUCGCACUAUCUUUCUCAAACCCUAUCUUCCCUUCAACCAACAUCACCCUAUUCGGCGACGCUUCACUCAACUCCAGUUCCGUCAUCCUCACCAAACAAAAGAACUGCACCACCUCCUAUCCACCGCCGCCGCAGCCACUCCUCCAGCUCCCCGCCGCCACCCUUUCCACCGUCGGAAGAGCAUUCUACGCAAACCCCCUUCGUUUCCUCGACCCCAAAUCCAACGCCACCGCGUCUUUCUACAGCAGCUUCACUUUCACCAUCACCAACACCGACUCAUGCCCCUUCGGCGAUGGCUUCGCGUUUCUCAUCACUCCAACCACCACUUACUUCAGCCUUGAAGACGGUUACAUGGGCCUCCCACCGGAAAACGAGGCCUCCCCCUCCGGUCAAGAUUCCUAUUUCGCCGUCGAAUUUGACACCAAUUUCCACCCCUAUCUCGAGAACAUCAGAGGAAGUCACAUCGGCAUUGAUGUGAACAGCGUCCACUCGUUGGCUUCAGUUGAUGUAGAUCUCAUCAAGAACGGCAAAGAAAUGACAGCCUGGGUUGAGUACAGAGAUUCCGAGAAAAAAAUCAAGGUGUGGGUAUGGUAUGCCAAGCAGAACAGGCCCCUCGAUCCUAUCCUCGUUACACGGAUUGAUUUAUCCAAACAAUUCAAGGAGUUCAUGUACGUUGGAUUCACCGCUUCAAACGGCGGAGGAAAAGGCUCGUCAAUUCACACAGUCGAUAAGUGGCGAUUCAAGACAUUUUUCGGCAAUCGACCACCUUCCAACACAACACUAAUGGAUAUAGUAGUCUCACAAGGUGGGGAGGAAGACUGUUUGCUGUGCCCCCAUCGUAAUACAGCCGUAGAAAUCGGCUCCUACUAUUAUCACCGUCCCAAUACAACGAUCCUAAAUUUGGUUCUAAUCUUUGGUGGAUUUGCAGCAGCUGCAAUUCUGACAGCAGCAGUUAUCGUCGGUUUCUGCGUGUGCCUUACGAAGAGGAGAAGGCUGAGGCGAGCACAAAGGGAGAGAGAAAUGCGUAGGUUUCGUGGUGGAAGAAUGGUCCCACAUAUGUUAUCACUCAAUGAAAUAAAAUCAGCCACCAAUGGAUUCAACGAGGAUAAGAUCAUAGGCGAAGGAGCUUCGGCCGUAGUAUACGAAGGUGCGAUCCCUUCGUGUGGAUCGGUGGCGGUGAAGAGGUUCAAUCACGAAAACAACUACGAAUCUUCGAUCUCGCAAAUCCCAUUCAACACAGAGUUUGCAACAAUGGUGGGAUGCUUGAGGCACAGGAAUUUAGUACAGCUGCAAGGGUGGUGCUGCGAGAAGAACGAGCUGAUUCUGGUUUUCGAGCGAAUGCCUAACGGAAGCCUCGACAAAAUCCUCCACAAUCGGACGAAUUUGACAAAGUUUCUGACUUGGGAGCGGAGAUUGAACAUACUCCGCGGGGUUGCUUCUGCUCUUAUACAUUUACACGAAGAGUGCGAGAAUCAGAUAAUCCACAGAGAUGUGAAGACUUGCAAUAUCUUGCUGGAUUCUGAGUUCAAUGCCAAAUUGGGGGAUUUCGGAUUGGCGGAAGUGUACCGGCGGGGUUCGACGACGAGGUACGCUACGGUGCCAGCUGGCACGAUGGGGUAUCUAGCUCCAGAGUAUGUGUUUUCCGGCGUGCCGACGGUGAAGACGGACGUGUACAGCUUCGGGGUGGUGGUGCUGGAGGUUGCGACGGGGAGGAGGCCGGUGGACGAAUCUAGGGCUGCGAUUACGGAUUACGUGUGGGAUCUGUGGGAGAAGGGGGUGAUUUGUGAGGCGGCGGAUGCGAAUAUGAUUGGAGGGUUUGAGAGGAAGGAGAUGGAGGGGGUUUUGAUGGUGGGGCUUUUGUGCGCGCAUCCUGACUGCGGGAGGCGGCCGACGAUGAUGGAGGCGGCGAGGAUGCUCAGGGGGGAAUCGCCGGUGCCGGUGUUGCCGGCGAAGAAGCCGACUAUGAGGAUUCAGUCUGUUGUUCCGGUUGAGAGUGUGAGUUUUGAUGAUGAAACGACGCCGUGGUCAACCCCCAAAACACAUUUUAGCAGGAGGUAGUGUGUGUGUGUGUGAUCGGGAGGAAGAAAUGCACGCAGAUACACACACUUGCACGUGUAAUGAUGAAUUCGUGUAUCGAAUAUUAUAAAAUUCUGUUUGCUUGUGAAAUGAUUUUGAUUGGUUCUGUUACUGUAAACAUCGAUGUUCUAUGUUGUAGACACGUGUCAAGCCAUUCCGAUUAUAAUGUUUCAAA